AUGUUCACCACACCUAGCCGACAGACAUUGGGUGGAGGGUCGAGGAGAAGUCAGAGCUCCAUCCCAGGAUCGCGAGGUGCGACACCAAUGAGCUUCAGAGAAUCGCCAGCUGCAAGUCUGGCAGGCAGUCGACCUCGAAAGGAUGUGAAUCGCUCUUCCCCUACUUCUCGCUCAGCGACUUACAGGGACAGGAGAUCUCAACUCCAGCCUUAUAUUGUUGAUCCGGAGUCCUCUGGAAAUGCGAAGGGCUUCGUGGGGAUGUCAGGAGACGCGAUGACCGUUGAUGAUGCGGAAGGGUCUGUUGUGGGAGGCAGACGCGCAACACUGUUGGACGAAGGCACAAUACUCGCGCGAGACGACGUGUAUGUCGUCUCGGCUUCGCACAAGCUACCCAUCGAGGUGAUGCAAGCGCUAGAAUCUGCUGGUGAGUGAUGGGCUAGGUGAUGAAGCGAAAGUUGGCAGGCUGAUCGGUUGGGAGAUGAGAGAGCGCUGCCUGACGUAUUUCUGAUGACGCUGCGCAGAACACUCUCGUGAUGCAAUCACAUCAGCCAUGGACGCACGGAUCGGCUAUGCCUACGUAGCAUUCAAGGAUCGCUGCUACGUCUGGUGCUUCUCUGGCAGCACGCGGGUCGCCCCAGCCUGCUACGUCUUUCCUGCACCCCCCUCCACUCAGGCAGCACCGAACACUUCCCCACCCUUUUGCGCGUUUGUGGACCGAUCGUCGGGUCAAGAGCCCGGACUGCUGCUCGUCUCGCGAGAAGGAAAGGUGCGCUUGUGGAACAGCAUCGCAUCUUCGCGCGCUUUGAGCGAAGACGCGCACGAAAUCGACGUGGCGCUCGGCACAGGCGAGAGUGUCACCUCGCUACAGCGCUGCCAGACAACGGCCUUCGUCGUGGCCACGAGCCAGUCCCGGCUGCUUCGUCUGGACGUUCCUCACCGAAGCGGUAGAUUGCAAGCAGAGGUCUCCUCCUUCUCCCAACCGCGCGGCUUUUUUGGGCGCUUCUUUGGCGCUGCUGCUACCUUUACCCUUGGGGGAGACGAAAGCUUCAGCGUGACUACAGCUCCCUCUCCCGACGCCGCCGACGCGUGGACGCUGUAUGCAAUCAGUAAGCGAGGGGUACAGAAGUGGGGUCUGGGCGAACGUUCAGGUGGCGAGACGAUGAUCGCCGAGCAGGAUCUCCGCCAGCCUAUCGCGUCGGUCCUGUUUGGACUGCCAGAAAAGGAUGAUGGAUCUGGAGCUGAUACAGCAGGUCUGGUGCUCUUGAGCGGAGCGAUUACUACGAACGGUUCGCUCCUCAUCCUCUUCGAACACAGCCCCACCUCUGCUGGCAUCGUUUCCUUUGGCGUAGUUGUUGCGACUUAUGAAAAAAGGGCGAGCUCAUUUGUCAUUUCUCGCGCCGUGCAGCUGCACUACACUCACGCAAGGUCUGCGGGACCAUCGGAUGUGCCACGUAUCAUCGCGCCGUACGGAGGACCGGUCUUAUUCAUUCAAUUUGAGGACGUAGUCGUGCUCAGACUGCUCGAAGAUGACUUUGAGGAGGUCGUCAGCCUCAAGUACCCUCUCCAGAAUCGCUUCAUGGGCUAUGGAGCCGAGAGCAUCGACGUGGAACGGGAGACGGACGUUGUUGGCGUGCCCUUCUUCACAUCGUCCAGUGGCACGCUCUUGGUCGACAUUUGGGUCGACGCAGCAGCUGCAUUGGCGAAGAGACUUGGCACUCCUAGUGAACACACUGCUGUGCGAACGGAACGCCUAAUGGUCAAGCUCGAGCAAGCUGUCUUCUACGGCAACAAUAUUGCAAGUCCGAUAUCGUACGAUCUGCCACUCGACUUUGAAGGCGAUCUUUCCCUUGCCGCCGAGCAGCUCAGCACCAGCAUCGUGACCACAGAGACGGAAGCACUGCCCGACGUAGUGGAAUUGCGGCUGCAUCUGCAAUCCCGCGCUGCACGUCUGCACGAUUUGAUUACGUUCAUUGCGAGCAACAAUUGCCUCCAAAAGCUUUCCCAUAGCAGCCGUCGCCGCCUCUCUUCCGACGCUGAGCUUCUCGCCGCAGCUCUCGAAGUCUGGCAAUACCACGGCGCGCAACUUUCUAGCGCUCGCGGGACAUUCGGCACCCUCAGUCCGCUUUCGGUCGCCAUCACGAAGAUCAUGACGGAAAGCGGCCAAGCUACGCGGGACGACAUGGUCAGAGCAUUCUUCCGACAUCACUUGCCGCAAAUACCUCGGCUUCUGGAUGAGCUGCUACAUCAGACUAGCGCCCUCUCGUCGAGCCCGCUGGACCAGAGGUCCGUCUUGACACUGGAAAGUGCUCGGGUCGUGACUAUCAUCUUCAAUGCAGCUAGAGUGUUCCGCAGAGACUCUGGCAAGGUGUACGCCUUUCAAGCGACACAGACGGCAUUCGAGGCUUGGUCCAUCACUGCGAGUGACCUAGACGUGCUGGAAGGACUCUUCCACACGACUUUACGACUUGUGAACGAGCGGACCAGAGAGCUCGGUACAGCGGUCGACGCCAAUGUGCAGGAAGGCUUCAAUACCGAGGGUAGUGCGCCCCUGUCGCCGGCGCGUCUGCAAAAGGAGCUCAAGCUUCAGCUAUGCGAACUGGCUUCGAAUGCUCUUGCGACUUUUGAAGAGAGACUUGCGUAUCUGAAUGCUUCUGCACAGACGGGAGACCAGCCUGCCCAUCAGCGCGACUACGCCCUGUUGGAAGCGCGUUACAGAACGGCCAGACCACAAAUGAUUCUGCCGCUGCUGGCCGUGGGCCACUCUGCUCGAGCAUUCACACUUGCGGAACAGCAUGCAGACUUCAGGACGUUGACUUUGCUCAGUCACCGACUAGAGGCGAGUCAGGAAGUAGCACGACAACGAGCGGAAAAGUAUUUGGAUCGAUACGGCCAAGCUUUCGCCUUUCAAUUGUUCCAAUGGUACAUUGAGCAAGGCAGGCUGCGGACGUUGCUCGAUGUCCCCGACAAGUACAGCCCAUUGCUGUUGGACUUUUUCGAACGAACCGACAAUCCCAGGUUAGCGUGGUUACACGACAUUCUCCUGGAGCGCCAUUCGACCGCAUCUCGGACUCUUGUCCAUAUGGCGGACUUGGACGGCAAGGCAGCGCAGAAGAAGCUCAUGCUCAGCCUGGGCAAGCUAGCGCAUUGUGCAGAUCUCACAGAGGCUCAAAUCAUGGUCGAAGAUGAGCAGGACCAAAUCGAGCUUAUCGACGAUCGGCUCGAUAUGGUCAACACUCAUCAGCUUCUCCGCGACUUUUAUGAAAGCGUGAUUCCUGGAUGCAGUCGCGAUGUGGAGAAUGGCUGUGCAGCGGUGAGCGAGGCUGUAGCGUACAAUUUGGAGUCUUUACCAGCUUUGCAUGCUGUAAGUAUUGUGGCGUGCCCAUGUCGAGUCCAUCGGUCCGCUCACCGAUUGCGUUUGAUCAAUCUAGUGGUAUGCCUCGGCCGUUCGAAGGAUUCUACGUGGAGAUGUGGUAUCCGCAGAGGACUUGAUCGACUUGCUCACCUUGCCACUUGCUGCCGAUGACCGCAUCCAUGACUAUACCACCGCACUUGAAGUUUACUUGCGAGAAAAGGUGAGAAUCAUGUCUCACGUGUUCAAUUCAAUUCUGAGCUUUUUACUGAUGCAGCUUGCCCCUAUUCUCCAGGGCACUUCGGAGGCUCGUCUCGAUGCCAGUCUCGCGUGCGUGUGGCUCAGGAUCCUCUUGCGGGACGAGUGAGUACGACGUCAAAGACGGAGAAGCAGAGUCGACCGACUGAGUCUAACCUUGUCUGCUACAGCUGGCCGUCCAUCACGGAUACGUCAGGCAAGACUGAUGCUGAAUUGAGUGACCAGCUCAGGCACACGGCAUUAUACGCAGCACUCAAGUGGGCUGCCGAUCAUUCUGGUGGGUAUCUGUGCACCCCACGUUGUCUUACCUCAUCGCUGAUCGCAUUACCCGUUUCGUGCGUUCAUAGACAGCGCAAAGCAACUGGUACUGGAACCUCCGGAGAUUAUGGCAGGGCAGCCAACAGCUGACCUGCUGAGCGGCCGAUUGCGUGGAGUUCCAGGUCAGCAGGUACAGCUCAUUCUGGCUGAACAAGAAUCUCAGCUGAAAGGACUUAGGGAACUCUUUGAAGGUCCCACGCAGCUGAGCAAAUGGUACGAGGAAGUCAGUAGGAUAGUCAACGACGAUGUCGAGACGACCCUUACUCAUGCUGAGCAGAGCGGCAACUAUAGCGCAGAAGGGAGCGAGGACAUGCACGGCUGA